GGAAAAUAGGCGAAGGGCGAAUGAUUUCUCUUCUACUCUGUUCUUCAAUGUCAGCCAUCGUGUAUUCUAAGUCAGAUCCGAAAUACAGACGCAGUUAGCACUUGAAAUCGUUUGAACCUCGUCGAACAUCGGUUCAAAUCGAGACAGACGCACGUGUCCUUACUCGCUGGAAUCUCACCGGAAAAUCAAUCCGUCGGAACCAUUGUUCUUGGAAUUCAGUUGGCGAGUCCGCAAUAGACGAUUUCUUCUUUUCUUCCCGGCGCAGAUGUAAGAGGAGGAACAUUUAAAAUGGAGUGUUAUUUCCAUGAUCAAGAGCUCGGGUGAAUCAGUGAAUGAAAGGGAUAAAGAUUUUAUCAAUAGAACUUUCCUCCCUUCCCUCACCCGAAUCCUUCCCCCAUUCCCUCGUCUAAACCUUCUUCUGAUUUUGUAAAAGAGCUUGGACAGUAAAUCGGGCCGGUCUCGCACGCCGGAAUUUUUUUUAGCUUUAUCUCAACUUUCUGGGCUCGUGGCUGGAGUGGCUUUAAGGGUGAUCUUGUGAAGCUUUAUAGGAUUUGAAAAUGUCAAUGGCAAGCGAAUCAAGUUGGGUGGGGAGGAAGCCAGUGAAACGUAUUGGGGGAAUGUCCGAUGCUCUAUCAAUUGCUGCUGAUCUUGGUUUCUCCAUGUCCCCUCCCCCAUCCCAGGAAGGACUUCAGAAUUCAUCCCCCACAACUGGGGAAAAGGGGGAGGACUUGAUCAGGGUUUUGAGAGAACUAACUACUGUCCAAAGAAAAAUCGCAGACUUGCAAGUUGAACUUCAAGGUCGAAAGGAUGACAAAAAUGUUGCACAUUUGACUCAUGUGAGUGAAAUGGAAAAGAAGAUUGAGACAUUGGCGAGGAUUACUACUAUACUCAAAGAUGUUAUUCAGAACAAGGACCGCAUUAUAGCUCGCUUGCAGCAGCCAUAUUCCCUUGAUUGCAUUCCUGUUGAAGCAGAAUAUCAGAAACAAUUCUCUGAACUUCUGAUGAAGGCAGCUAGUGAUUAUGGUGCUUUGACAGCUUCAGUGGCAGAUUUUCAGUGGAGUCAGAAUUUCAAAGAACCUCCUUCAGUUUGGGGGGAAAUGCUUCGACCCAUUCCUGUAGCUUUGGCAUCUUGCACUCGGUUCUUUGAAGCCAUGUCUGCCACAAGAGAGUCAUUUGCAGCACUUCAAAAACUGCGAGUGGGCCAUUUUGAUUCUCCUCUAACUAGGACACCGGCGGGUGAUCCUUCCCAAAGGGUACCGGGAGUUUCUGAUUGUUUAACCCCACCUCCAUGGAAAACUGAAUCAAAUUAUGACGACUUAGGAAUAAGAAAUCAAAGGAGGCAACACCUAGAUCAGGUGGAAGAUGUAAACAGCUAGGUAACUGAGAUCCGUCAGAAUAUUUGGACAAGCCCAAGGAUCUUGUCUUUUUCUUCCCUCAGUGAAAGAAGUAUGUUACGUAGCUAUCUAACAUACUGUACGUACCCUGUGUGAUAUACUCAUUUGCUUUUGCAAAUCAAUUACUCGUCAUUGUUAUUUAAGAAUUAUAUAUUUCCCUGUCACCAGAAAUUGUCA